UUGUGAGAGAGAGAGAGAGAGAGAAAAAAAGGAGAAGAAGAAGAAAAAGAAGGAUGGUUGCGUCACUGGAGGAAACACCAACAUGGGCAGUGGCUACUGUUUGUGCAAUUUUGGUCACCAUUUCCCUACUCCUUGAACAUGGUCUCAAUCUUUUAACUAAGUUCUUUCAAAGAAACAGGAGGAGAUCUCUGAAUCAAGCUCUUUACAAGAUAAAAUCAGAGUUAAUGCUUUUGGGGUUCAUCUCUUUGUUACUAACGAUCAGCCAAAGACCUGUCUCCAAGAUUUGCAUCCCUAAGAGUGUCGGUAAGACAUUCCUUCCUUGUCAGAAUUCUACAAUUCCAAGUGAUGUGGUGGAAGAAUCCAUUUGCCAAAAGAAGGGAAAGGUUUCUCUUUUGUCCAGAGAAGGUGUCCAGGAGCUCCAAAUCUUAAUAUUUGUGUUGGCUUUGUUUCAUGUUUUAUCCUGUGUUCUAACCUUCGGUCUUGGGAUGGCCAAGAUGAGACGAUGGGAGUAUUGGGAAGCAGAAACAAGGAGAUUGGAAUACCAGUUUAACAAUGAUCCAAGGAGGUUCAGGCUCACCCAUCAAACAUCAUUUGGAAGACGACAUCUGAAGUGCUGGAACUACCAUCGUCUACUUCGCUGGCCUGCUUGUUUUCUUCGACAGUUUAAUGGCUCGGUCUCAAAAGCUGACUAUUUAACCCUUCGUCAUGGAUUCAUUAUGGCACACUUUUCAGAAGGAAGUAAUUUUGAUUUCCAAAAGUUCCUUAAAAGAGCUUUGGAUGAUGACUUUCAUGUGGUGGUCGGUAUGAGCCUCAGGGUUUGGAUUUUCUCUGUAUUUUUCAUAUUCUUCCAUGCACAUGGAUUCUACAAUUACUUCUGGCUUCCCUUCAUUCCUUUGGUGAUGCUUCUUUUAGUAGGGACAAAGCUUCAAGUUAUCAUAACUAAGAUGUGUUUAGCAAGUGGUGAAGUUGCUCCUGUUGUUAAGGGAACUUUCCUUGUGAAACCCAGUGAUGACUUCUUCUGGUUUAGCCAACCUCGAUUUCUUCUCCACCUUAUUCAUUUCAUCCUAUUUCAGAACUCCUUUCAACUGGCAUUCUUCACGUGGACAUGGUUCAAGUUUGGGUUUAGGUCUUGCUUUCAUAGAACAACAGAGGACAUUGUUAUAAGGAUCGUCAUGGGCAUCGUGGUUCAAGUUCUCUCUGGUUAUGUAACACUACCUUUGUAUGCCUUGGUCACACAGAUGGGCUCAUCUAUGAAUAAGGCUGUAUUCACCGAGCGAGUCCUUGGGGGACUAAAGAACUGGCAUGACGGUGCCAAGAGGAAUAUAGCUACCAGCAAAACCAAUUUAACUGCUCCUUCCCCAGAUAUCUCCAUUUCCUACACUGUUGACACUUCUGUCUCUGGAGGGCAAGAGUUUGAAAGCAAGGAAGCAGAGAAGAUUGAGCCAGAAAUGAAUGAUCAAGGAAGCUAUAAUGGAGAGAUUUCUUUUCGGAAUCUAGAUGAGCUGAUUGCAGAGUUACCUGAAGAUAGUUUGCCAAUUCAAAAUCAGAAUUCCCCUUAAAACAGAGCUUGAACUUUAGACUAUUAAGGGGAUACCUGCAAAGGGAGAACCAGAAACAGAUCACUGUGCUCUUAAUUGCAUCACUAAAAGAGGUCUAGUUUGCAUGAAGCAUGAUGCUCUCGUGGGCACUUGAGAGACUCCCCUCAGUUUCUAACCAGCUGAUGGCUUCAGCAAUCAACUAACAGCUAUAAUGUCAUGAAAAUUUUCUUGUGGAGCCAUUUCAUUGACCAUUCCUUUGCCUGUUGGGCUCAUGUAGUAUCUUUCAUUGCACAACUUGUUCACCAUUUUUGUACGUCUA